AUGGGCCAUUGUUCGACAUAUAUGCCAGCCCAUUGGCCGUAUUAUUGGGCAUGGUGAUGGGCCAUGGAGCCCAAAUUAAGAUUUUCUAAAUCUAAAAUCCAGAGCCUCAGCCGCGGGAUUUGCUGGUUCGGAGUUUGACGGUGUUUGGGUCGGGAACAGCGAAGGAGACUCAGAUCUAAUCACAGGAAAAUACGAAUUUACCGUUUUGCUCUUCCUCUCUCUCAGUCUCAGCCAACUAUGAACGAUUUGAGCAUGGUCUCGGGAGGGAGUUUUUUUGCAUGUUUUUAAUGGUGGAAGUUGAAUACAUAUGCAAGCUAUGGAACUGUCAAAGAAGACGAGGAGAAGGGGCUUUCUGAAAAACUCGGUUGCUUUUGUAUGCGUAGUUGUGUCUGUUUGUUGCCUUUUUGUAGUUAUCAUUUCUAUGCUUCGGCUUCCUGAAGUUCCAGUUGGGUUGUAUCGAACAACAGAGAUGGGAAAAGUUUCCGAGAAUGAGAAGUUCAUAGGGAGGUUUGGGGAGAUGAUGAUUGGGAUGUUGCCUCAAGAUCUUGCUUUUACUGUGUUUGUUCCUUCCCAGAGAGCUUUUGAGCGCGAUUUGAGGCUGCGAGUGAAUGAUAGUCUUGUGGGGGAGAAGAUGAAUGAUACGUAUGCUGUAGUUUCUCGGAUUUUGGGUUUCUCAGCUGUUCCUCGGACGCUUUCAUCAGUAACGGUACCGUUUGGUAGGGAAAUCUCAUAUGAUUCCAUCUCUGGGUUUACUUUGUACAUUUCAAAGGAUAUAGAUGGGGUGCUGUUUGUUAACAGAGUCCGAUCAGAAAGGGUGGAUCUUAGAAAGAGAGAGAUUGUUGUGCAUAUUAUGGAUGGAGUCAUCAUGGAUGCUGAGUUCGAGCAAUCAAUUUGAGCUUAUUACAGUGAAGAAGAAGAAUGAGUGAAAACCAUCCAUCCAAGCUCUAUUUGAAUUGACUUCAUCCUUAGCUUGUAUACUUCAUUGGUCAUGGAUGGUAGAAAAAUAGUCAAAUGAUUAUAUACUGAACAAUCAUAAUUUAUUAUGAUACCAAAACAGGGAUUUUGAGAUUAGAUUUUUGAGACAAAUAGUAAUUUGAUAAAUCAGAGACGUAUUUUGCGCA